AUGAAGGUAAUUUUGGGUACAUUAACAUCAUACUUGCUGAAACUUCAUGAUCAACACGGCGUCUCGAUAGUUGGUCAUGUUAAGCGUGGCCUACCUUCACCAACUGUUCCAGCUUUUACUAAUAUUUCAUCUUUGCUUGUAUCGGCUAUUACGAUUACUGUUGAACUACUUGCUUAUGGAUUGGGAAAUAUUUUCUCGUCAUUUUUUCAAUGCUAUCCAAGUUCGGGCUCAUUAAGUCGUUCAAUGGUACAAGGAGAAAGUGGUGGCAAAACAUCACUUAUUGGUGGUUUUUCUUCUGUGAUUUUAGCUGCCGUUAUUCUAGUGCUAGCACCUCUUCUUGAAUCUCUUCCAAUGCCGUGUUUAGCCGGUAUUAUCAUUGUCAAUCUCAAAAGGCUCCUGCUUAAAGUUACUGACUUUACUUAUUAUUAUCGUAUUAGUAUGCUGGAAGCCAUCCUUUGGUUUAUCACAUUUUUGACUGUCGUUUUAUCUGACGUUGAUAUGGGUGUUUAUGUAGGCAUAGCUACUUCGUUUCUCAUGAACACGAUUCGUACGCAAAGGUAA